AUGGCUUUAGCUGUUGGUUCUGGCAUCUUCAUCUCGAACACUGGCUUGGCCACGCCUAUCAUGGUUGGUGGAUCGGCAAUAGCAACACUUGGAUGUGGUCUUUGCUACUUGUUUGACCUCAACACUAGAGCUGGUGUUUGGAUCGGAAUCCAGAUCAUCGUUGGUAUCGGUCUCGGUUCUGCGACAGCCAUGAUACUGUGCUUUCAAACUAUCGGUGGUGCCAUCUGGGUAUCGGCAUCACAGUCAGUCUUCAUCAAUAGGAUGUUGAUUGCUGUGUCACAGUUUGCACCCGGUGUAGAUCCUAAACAAGUCGUGAGCACCGGCGCAGGAGAGUUGCGAAAAGUUUUUGGAUCAGACGAACUACUAGGAAUUAUCUCGGCUUACCUCACUGGCAUUAGAGCAGCGUAUUUACUAUGUUGUGCUGUGGCAGGUGCUUCUCUACUGGUUGGAGUUUUCUUGCCAUGGAACAGGCUUGAUACCGAUGCUCUGAAGGAGGUUGGAGGGGCUGCAGCAUAG